UUUCGUCUAUAUUACAUUUUUCCAAUGUUUACAGAGGGGUCACAUUGGUCUACUGUUUUGGAAAUUGUUUUCGUUUUAAAAACGCAAAAACAUGGCAGAAUCCCCGAAUAUACAGGUAAAACUGGAGCAGCAGAACAUUAAGGAACGCUUGAACUUGCACGUCAAGCGGCGCCUGCAGCAGGAUGUGGAUAAUCCCAUUGAGAGUCCGGAAUUAUUACCAAAUGAUCCAAACCCGAAACGCAGCAAGGCAAAGGAUGUUUCAAAACCCCGAAAACCCUAUCAAAAACGCACAGAAAAACCUAAAACAGAAGCAACAAAGUGCAAGAAAGUUGGACAACUUGGCAGUCCGGCGGCGGAAUCGACUCUCUUGGAUGACCAGGAACCGGAGGGCUUUUCUCCGGAGGCGGCAGAUGGCAAAUCUGUAAGCCGGGAUCGUUGCAAAAACGCCGACAUACUCAACAUGGUGUUGAAUGCUAAAAAACGAAUUCUAAUGCAGGAUCCUGAAGUUCAGGCCUUUUGGACAGAAAUAAUGGCAGCCAUCAAGAGCUGAAGAAAAGGGUUUUAGAAGCAUAUAAAAAAUAAGGGUUUUUAUCAGGGUAUUGUUUUUAAUAAGAAAUGUUUGUGUAUAUUAAGGUUAGGCCUUAUAUAGUUAGUUUAAAUAUGAAUAGGUCAUAGCACUGGGUGUUAUAUUUCUUCAAAUACAUUUUGUUAAAUUAA